GCCACCUUUGUUGGGGGGGCAUGUGCCCCCCCACGACCAGUCAUCAACGGGGGGGGGUGUCUCCUGUGGUCAAUCUCGCUGACCAGGAAGUGGCUGCGAUGCUCCUGGAAGUGGCUGUGCUCCCACUCCCCGGCCGGUGUUCCCACCUGCCCCGCCGUCCAUCGCCUAAGCAGGGAGUGUGGCCUGUCAGGGUGCACGUGCACCCCCUAUGCAUCACCACUGCAGCAGAUCAGUGCUUUUCCUUUCAAAACAUUUCCUGUGUGGACACCCCCCCCCCCCACUUCAUUGUGUUUUAGUAACGGUUUAUGUGAUGGCCAGCAUGGGGAGCCUGUGCUGGAUCUGUCAGCAGGGUGUUGGCUGCUCUGGUUCCUGCUUUACCUGUGGCAGGUUAGGGGGUUAGGUCUGUGUCGUGGCGGGGUCAAGGUUAGGCUUAUGUAGAGUUUAGAUGAUGGUUGCAUGGGAUGGCUUGGGUAAAAAUGAUCCUGCCUCAGGAAGGUGGUUGGACUAGAUGCCCUCUGGAGGUCCCUUCCAGCCCUAUGACUCCUAGGAGAGCUGUCAUUUCUCAGAUAAGGCCGCCUGCUGUUUCCCGUGGAGAUCAUGAAACGAGGUCGGCUUCCUAGCAGCAGUGAGGAUUCUGAUGACAAUGGCAGCUUGUCCACCUGGUCCCAGCAUUCCAGGUCCCGACAUCGGCGGAGUUCAUGUUCUAGACACGAAGACAGAAAACCUUCCGAGGUGUUCAGAACGGACCUGAUCACUGCCAUGAAGUUACAUGACUCCUACCAACUGAACCCUGAUGAGUACUACGUGCUGGCAGACCCCUGGAGGCAGGAGUGGGAAAAGGGAGUUCAGGUGCCAGUUAGCCCAGGGACCAUCCCCGAACCUAUAGCCAGGGUUGUGUCCGAGACAAAAGCAGUCACAUUUACACGCCCCCGGAAAUACAUCCUUUCAUCGGGUUCUGAGCCUCCUGAGUUGGGAUACGUUGACAUCCGAACUUUAGCAGACAGCGUAUGUCGCUAUGACCUUAAUGAUGUGGAUGUAGCGUGGUUGGAACUGGCCAACGAAGAAUUUAAAGAGAUGGGGAUGCCUGAACUGGAUGAGUACACUAUGGAAAGAGUCAUGGAGGAAUUUGAACAGAGAUGCUAUGACAACAUGAACCAUGCUAUUGAGACUGAAGAAGGGCUUGGGAUCGAGUAUGAUGAGGAUGUCGUCUGUGAUGUUUGCCAGUCCCCAGAUGGAGAGGAUGGCAAUGAAAUGGUGUUUUGUGACAAAUGCAAUAUCUGUGUACACCAGGCAUGUUAUGGAAUCCUGAAGGUGCCAGAAGGCAGCUGGCUGUGCCGGACCUGCGCGCUUGGUGUUCAGCCAAAGUGUUUACUGUGUCCCAAGAAAGGUGGAGCUAUGAAGCCAACUCGAAGUGGGACUAAGUGGGUCCAUGUUAGCUGUGCUCUGUGGAUACCAGAGGUGAGUAUUGGCAGCCCAGAAAAAAUGGAGCCCAUAACAAAGAUCUCUCAUAUUCCCAGCAGUCGAUGGGCAUUAGUGUGCAGCCUCUGCAAUGAGAAGAUGGGAGCGUGCAUACAGUGUUCAGUGAAAAACUGUCGGACAGCAUUUCAUGUCACCUGUGCAUUUGACCGUGGCUUGGAGAUGAAGACCAUCCUGGCAGAGAAUGAUGAAGUCAAGUUCAAGUCAUACUGCCCCAAGCACAGCUCCACCAAGAAACCGGAGGAUGAAAACUUCAGUGAAAGCACCAGCCAGGAGAAUGAGAAUGGGAUACGGGGCAGCUCUCCUCCUACCCGCCUGGAGCCCUUUCACAGCAUUGAGACAAACCAGGAGGAGGCCCACAGGGUCAGUGUCCGCAAGCAGAAGCUUCAGCAGCUAGAGGACGAAUUCUACACGUUUGUUGACUUCUUGGAAGUGGCCACGGUCCUGCGGCUGCCCGAGGAGUCUGUGGAGUUUCUGUACCAGUACUGGAAGCUCAAGAGAAAAGCCAAUUUCAACAAGCCCUUGAUAACCCCAAAGAAAGAUGAAGAGGAUAAUCUGGCCAAGCGGGAGCAGGAUGUUCUGUUCAGGAGGCUACAACUCUUCACGCAUCUCCGGCAGGACCUGGAAAGGGUUCGUAAUCUGACUUACAUGGUGACCCGAAGGGAAAAGAUUAAAAGAUCUGUUUGCAAAGUGCAAGAACAGAUAUUCAAUUUCUACGCAAAGCUUGUGGAGCAUGAAAGAGUUUCAGGUGUGCCUUCCUCCUCCUCCCCAGUGGAAAACAUGGUUUUAUUCAACAGUCCACCUUUGGGUCCUGAUGCUCCCAAGAUAGAAGAUUUGAAAUGGCACUCUGCUUUCUUCAGGAAGCGAAUGGGCACUUCUCUGAGUCAGUCAUUGAAAAAGUCACAUAAGAGAGACCGAAUAAGGAACAGCUCUGGGAGUGACAGCAAAUCCCUGCUCAAGCACCCCAGCCAAAGGGAAGGUGUUUCCAAUCCAGGUAGCUUUUUAAAUUUUGAAAAGACCUUUACAGAAACACGAAUUGUAUCAGCACAACAGAAAAAUGGGAUAGUUAUGCCAGACCACAGGAAAAGAAGAGACAAUCGUUUCCAUUGUGAGGUACUAAAGGAGGAACUGAAGGAAAAGCCUUCGAAACACAACCACAAGCCACUGAGACUCACGGAACUGUCUCAGAGACAGACAGAAAACAAACGGUCUGUGAACCACGCCAGUGGUAGGUCUGCAUCCGGCCCGCGGAGGGAUAUAGUGCCUAAAUGCAAUGGAUCCCUCAUCAAAAUAAACUAUAACCAGACUGUAGUUAAAGUGCCUACUACGCCCACGAGCCCGGUGAAAAACUGGGGCGGAUUUCGAAUUCCAAAGAAGGGGGAGAGACAACAGCAGGGAGAGAUCCAGGAGGAGACCUGCCGCCAGAACUCUAACUAUCCGUACUUGGGCAUGGGCAGAGUUUCGCCUAAGGACAGGGUGAAAACCAAACUAAAGACGGACAGCGAGAAUGAUGGGUAUGUCCCCGAUGCUGAAUUGAGUGACUCAGAAACUGAAGUGGCUGAGAAAAAGUGCAGACAGCAAAGACUUAGUCCAAAUAGCACUAUCAGCAGGAGGACAGACAUUAUUAGGAGAAGCAUCCUGGCCUCCUGACUGGACAGUAAGAAACACUGUCAGCACCAUGGUCAGUAGAGUCACUGCCUGCAAGCCAACUCCACAUUAUUUAUUGGCGUGAGGAAGGAGGGGGAAUUCUUAGAGAUGACUGCAAACUGACAAUUUGAUAACCUGUUAUUCCUGAGCUGUAUAAACUUGUUUACAUGCACUUAAAACUGGUCUCCUCCCCUUCUCCACAUCCAUUUCUGUGAGAAAUUUGAACCUUAUUUGUAAUUUUCUUGAGGAAGCAGAGAAAAUGACGUCACUACUAAAAUAGAGCCUGUGAUGGAACACUAAAAGAUUUCACUAAACACUUUGGAAGUGGGGUAGUUUCCAUCUGUCCCUGUUUAGCUGAACAGCACUGAUAAGAUUUUGUUUCUCUUCCCUGCCUCCCAAAAAAGCACAAGCUUUUAAUUUACCUAGUGUGUCCUAAAUCAUAUAUGGUUAUUUAACCAUCCUGCACUGCUAAACCCAUUACAAAUAGUCACUUUUCUUGGACUGUGAUAAGUCUUUAAAUCCUAUUUGUUUGCAGAAUGUUUUUGUUGUAUUGAGUAUAUAUGGCAGCUCUGAGCCUUCCAAAACUCCAGUGAGUUCACAUGUAAGUACAUGCAGCAAGUAGUCAGUUUUAACCAUGAGUACUGGAGAAAAAUGAAGGGACAGUUGAGAGCUGUAGCUGCCUGCUGAUGCAACGUUAACAGUAUGAUAAAACUCAGAUUGAGCUUGGAGAAAACUUCUAAGCUUUUCUGAUCUGGUGUAGUUUCUGUUUCAGUUCUGAUUUCAUCUUGAUAGUAGUUUAUCCAGUUCUGAGAAGAGGGACAGGUUUAUGGCCUCAUGUACCUUGUGGAAUGAUCCACGAAGCAGCUUUAGCGUUAAUCACCUGUCCUGAAAUUAUGACAAUUCACGUGGGAAUGAUAAUUUUAAGGCACUAGUCAGCAGGAUUUCCCAAAGAACCACUUAUGCACUAAUGGUAUGUAUUGGGAAAUCCAGGCUUCUGACACUAAAGGUUACUUUAAAAUGGACAUAGGAAUAUAUAUUUUUAAAUAGAAUAAAAUGAAAAGGCAAUACAUUUGUGAUUUGCUCUUUACAUUCAACCAAGAAAAUAAAAUAAUUUCAUUCUAUUCUGGACUAGAUUUGAUGGAAGAGGGAGCUCACAUUCUGAUUACGUACCUUUUUUUAAAAGAAUAGUUGCAAAUGGCAAUAACUAGUGAGUAAGCUAUCAGCAAUAAUAACAUUAACAGUUCUUGAAGAGACUGUUUUGUUCUUGCACUGAGUAGAGUGCAUAUGUAUUAUAACAAUGGUUAGUUAUAGGAGCCUGUGAUUUUUGGAAUUCCGUAUAGAUGCAAGUCAGGCAUGAACGAGAUAAAAGAAAGUUUAAGCAGCAGCAAUGAGUUACAGAAAUAUGGGCAUAUGGAAGAACCCCCAUUUUCCUCCCAACCUAUUGCUAUCAGUAUUCCUUUACAUAAUGCAUUUUAAUGUUAACCCCUUUCCACUUAGGUGGGGAAGAAUUUUGAUAUUUUAAAUAAAUAAAUAUUAGAGCUCUGCCAUUAAGUUCAAGUCUUCCAGAAGAUUCGACACAGAAAGGAUUGAUGUCCUGUCUUGCUAUGCAAGUAUCAAAUAAUUAAACACGUCAACAGAAUUUAUCCCUAUUACCCCUUUUACUUUUUAAAGCUAAAGUAAGUCUUAACCUUUUGACAAUUGGAUAGCCCUGGGAAGGGGAGAUGUUGGUAUGGGGGAGAGGUAUUUUGUUAAAAUUUGGUGCUUCUGAGAAACCAGAUUAUCCUCUUUAUUUUGGGUGGAUUAACUCACCGUUGCAUAUAUCAAAUAGGUAACAGUGAACCUAAGUCAUACAUGUAUUCAAUCUCGGGGUGAGUAAAAAUCAUAAGAGUUCAUUUGAUUAAAAAGCAUAGCCUUUUUCCUGGUCAUAAGGAAAAGCGGGAAGUUGAUUUCCACCGUUGAUUUCACUUUCAAGUACAGCACCAUUUCCAGAUGAGGGCUAAGUUAGUUACUGUAAAGAGCUUGUGAUGUAGGGAAUUGUUUGUCAAGCCAUAGAAAGAAUAAAGUAAAUUUGAUUCUAAGUAAACAUUUAACCUCACACCAUUUUGAAAGAGGUACCCAAUUCAUUUGCACUAUUUUGAAUGCUAGCGUUGUGCAAAAAAAAAAUGCCUUAUCUGUUUUGCUCCCCACACAUUUAGGUUAAUAAGCUUUCUAAUGUUCCAAGAUAUGCUGAACCAAAAACAAAACAAAACAAAACAAAACAAAAAAAGCGCUUUUUCCCAUCCCCCCAAUUGCAGAAUGCUAUAAGGUAAGAUAAUUGCUGUAUGAACAGAAGUGUAAGUUUCAU